CCAGUAACAUCUCAGUGACUUCUGACACUGAAGUGACAAGCCUAUAAAGAAGAAAUAUAUGAACAGUUGUCAGUUUAUAUCGCGAAUUUCAUUGAUGUUUUGGAAGAGUGGACAGAUUCCACUAAAAGGAGGAUUAAAUUCAUUAGCUCGAUUUGACUGUUGGGAUACCCUCUUUGGAAAAGGAUCAUGAAUAGGGGCAACCCUUCCCGUUCGACCAUGCAUUCUCUGCUAGUCGUGCUCAUGAUUUUAGCUGGUACUACGGCGUGGACUGACGAGGCACCAGUGUACACGGUGGAGGAGGCCUACUCCCCCAACCGCUACAUCGUUGUUCUGGAGGAUGACGUUCCCGCAAAAAGGUUUACCGAGGAGUUCAAACUUCAAGAACGUGACCUGGGCGACUCUGACUGUACAAUUAUUCACACAUUUAAUCACGCCCUCAACGGCUUCGUUGCAGAAAUGUCUGAGGCGUACAAGCAAAGGAUUCGUAAAAAUCCCGCUGUCCGGUUCCUGGAGGAGGACUGUCGGGUCAAGGUCUUGCCCUUUAACCUCAACGACGAUGAGAUCCUGUCAGCUCCCCUUAAGUCAUGGGGUCUAGACCGAUUGGAUCAACGCAGCCUGCCACUGGAUGGAGUUUACAACCCGGACGGUGCUGGAGAGGGAGUGAACGUCUACGUCAUCGAUACUGGUAUACGAACAACUCACGAAGACUUUGAAGGACGUGCCAAAAUCGCUUAUGACGUGUAUGGAGAUGACGGUAACGAUUGUCAUGGCCACGGGACCCACUGUGCUGGAAUUGUGGCAGGCGCCCGCUCCGGUGUGGCAAAGAAAGCCAACAUCUUCGGUAUCCGAGCCAUGAAGUGCAACGGCAAGGCGUCAUGCUCGGAUCUCAUCAAAGGAAUCGACUGGCUGAUUGCAAAUGCUAAAUUCCCGGCCGUGGCCUCCUUGUCUAUCGGUGGCGCGGCAUCAGAGGCUCUGGACCUGGCCGUGAGUAAACUGAUCAAGGCUGGAGUAUUCGCCGUCGCGGCGGCAGGCAACGAGCACACCGACUCAUGUACGAGGUCGCCCGCUCGCGUCAAGAAGGUGUUCACGAUUGGGGCGGUGUCAAUCACAGACAAGGUAGCAGUAUUCUCCAACUACGGCACCUGUGUGGAUGUCUUCGCUCCGGGUGUGAUGAUCCGGAGUGCGGGGAUCAACUCGGACCACGCGUAUGUGUCGAUGAGCGGUACUUCCAUGGCCUGCCCACACGCCGCCGGCGCUGCCGCGGUCAAGCUCGCCAAAAAACGCAGCAUGACCGUGGAGGAGCUGGAGCACGCCCUCAUCGACGACGCCACACAAAACAUCGUACUAUCGCAGAGAGAACAAUCUCCCAACCGCCUUCUGUAUGUUCCAUCCAAUGAUGCUUCGCGACGGAACAAUAAAAAAUAAGCCAUUUUGUGGCUAAUGAGGGCGCUGUUACGACGCGAUUUUCUGGUACCAACAGUAGAAUAUUCCUUUGCACUCUAACAACAUCCGGGUCAGAUUGACCUCGACCCUUUUCCUUUUAUUUUUAUUUUAUUUUAUUUAUUUCGACAACAACAGCGCAAUCGCCAGAACAGGAUUGAUAUGACUUGGUAGAAGAUGUGGAAGGAAAUUACAAUUUUGGAGGUGGGAGGAAAACCCCAGAAUGAUAUUCUCGGGAAAACC